GGAACAGUCCGCUCUCCAAACAUCAACUCGUAGAUAUCUGUUUAAUCGGGUAGUUUAUUCCUCUCGAUUUACCGAAUAAGCGCUUCAUUUUUCGACGACUCGAGCUCUAUAAUUUAUUAUCGGAAUCAUUGCAGUCCACACGGCUUGAAAUUCGCGCCAAGAGAGACGUAUGCGUGACGGUCACGGUGGUGCGGCAUUCGCCAAUAGACGGUUUCAAAAAGAUGCGCGCGCCACCAAGCGCGCGUGCAAAGCAGCAUGGGAACUUUGAGGGACAACGCCCUGUCGUCUGCUUCGGUUAUGGUUUACCCCGGCAGACGCUUCCGCUGCGCACACCGGGAUUGUUGUUGUUGUUCUUCUACCUCCGCCUCUGGUCGUCUCGAAAUGCUGUAGGACGCUCUUAGUUCCCAUGAGCCCUUGCGUGCCACAAGUGGCGCUUGCGAUCCCAGUGAAGGUUUUUCUGAGGGAUCUCAGGCGGUUGCUAUUUUGUGGUCUAUUUUUGAAGCGUGAUGUGGGCAAGCUAACGCUUGUCCCACCCUAGAGUUGGCGAUACAAGGUCUAUCGGAGCUAUUCACCUACGUCACUGAAAUGAUGCAUGCUGGUACCGGUCGCCAUUUUGUGGUACCAUCGCCGCUCUGCUGCGUACUUUCUCAAGGCUGACGCUGUGAUUUUUACACGCAGAAUCUUUCCACAUGGGAUUUUGUGACAUUAUCGGGUGCAGUAGUCUCACUCAGAUGAAGAAGCUGAAGGCUAGGAGCAAUCAGCCAGACCCUCACUCCUUCAACAUGCCGAACUAAACGAGUGAAAAGACACGGGAGUUCUCAAAGGCGCUGCCGUGAAUGGUUGUCACGCAUAAACAACAAGACCUCGGUCCAGACUUGGACAAGUACAAUGUUUGUUCACGGCACUUCAUCUCAGGAUCUCCGUCACAACUCUUGGACGAAUGCAACCCUGAUUGGGCACCUUGCCUGCACUUAGGCUAUGACAGCAGAGGUGGUACCACUAAUGGAAGCCGCUACAAAAGGCUCAAGCAGCGUCAGUCGGCUGUAGGCACAACUGCCACGGACGCAACAUCGGGUUCAGUGUCAUCGAUUCUAGCCUCACCAGAGCCUUUUGAUGCUGAUGCCCUUUCUGAUGACAUGCCAAGUACGAGUACAAAGGUAUAUGCCCCUGAGCACCUGCAUUGUGGUCACUGUAUUUCACUAACAUUGGACAUUGACUAAAGUGACCAUAUUUUCAGGAUCCUUGAAGUGACAACCACAGUGUAUGUGCGCGUGUGCUGGGUACAAUACUAGGACGUAGUACGUGCUGGGAUGCCAAACUGGAUUGACAUGUGCUGACAUCACAAGGAUGGAAGAAGAGCUUGUGCACCACAGUGCAGAAACUUGCCAGCUUAGAGACACAGUAAAGGCAACGAAAUUCACAGGGGAGGCACUGCAAAGUGACGCAACAAAGUGUCUUUGUACACUGAACUACCGUCAUUUCUGGCCCUCAUGCAAGUGUUCAAUAUUUUGGAACAGCAUGUGCAGCAUACCUGUGCCAACACCUUAACAAGUUUUGAAGAAAUUCCUCAUGCGCCUAAGACUACGGAUUUGUAUGCAAGGGUUCUCUUUACAUUCCACCAUUCAGGGGAAAGCGUCCAUUGAGUGCCAAUGAAGUUGAGCACACGAAACAGCUGGCAAACGUCCGGAUCCAUGUUGAAAGAGUGAUCGGACUGGUUAGGAACAAGUACAUGAUUUUGAAACGUUGUCGACCGGUUCAGCUAUUGAGGGCAUCUAAGGAUGGUAAAUCACCAAUCGACAAAAUUGCUGUCGUGUGCUGUGCGACGAAUCUCUAACUCAGUGGUGCCUAGAGAUUAAUCUGGAUAUUGUUGCUCAUACUCUCAAAUCUUGCUAGCUGGACACACAAUUUGCGACUGUUUUGCUUGGAAAUAAUUAUGCGGUGAUGAAUACAACAGGAGCGUACUGAGUAAAGCUGUUGAAUUCGACAUGCCAACGUAAGUGGGAAACGCUGCGUCAGCCUUUUGGGCUUGAAGAGGAAGUGAAUGUCCAAAUUGCACAGUUACUUCCUUUCUUAGACAUCACCAACGGCUGACCAUGUCAUCAUUCGGUAGUGACGGUCACACAGAACAUGUGAAAAUAGGGUGGCUGGUCGUAAAAUAGUUAGCUGGCAUAACAUUCAGGUUUAACUCUAGAAUGGUAAGGAUCCAUAACCCUAGCCGGUUCCACAUUGAAAACGUGGAAUUUGCAAUAUAGAAAAGAGUGGAAAGUUGAAGUUGAAAUUCUGACGUCAGCACCUUUUUCCCGAGUGGUUCGAAUGAGUGCUAUUCUUAUUUUGACGUUAACAGACUUGUCUUGUAACGAUAUGCUGUCUUGAAUGAAAACAACUCUAUGUGUGAUGAAAUGGUUUUUAUGAUUUGGCACCAAUAAAGUCUGCAUUACCAACAUAUCGUACAUAUUCGCCAUUGACUUAAUGCAUGAUGCAUAAUACACUCAAAAACAUCUGCUGCAAGAUAAGGCUUUAAUCUGCACGGAGUCCUCCUAUUUUCUCUGUUGGGUGAACCACUUUUCCACCAUUUCUGAGAACAGCAUGUCUGAAGAACACUUCAGGCUUUCUUAUGGCAGCUUCAAGAAGUUGAUCAUUCCUACAAAUCCGUUGCACAGAGAUUUCAUCUUUUUUCAGAGCACAAA